AUGGCUGGGCCGGGAGGCUGGGGGGGGGGGGCGCGAGCCGGGGCCCUGGCAGGAGGGGUGCACUCCAAGGUGGCUCCGAGCGUGGACUUUGACCACAGCUGCUCAGACAGUGUCGAGUACCUGACGCUCAACUUUGGACCCUUCGAAACAGUGCAUCGCUGGCGGCACCUCCCACCCUGCGACGAAUUCGUGGGCGCCCGGCGUAGCAAGCACACAGUCGUAGCAUAUAAGGAUGCCAUCUAUGUGUUUGGUGGAGACAACGGAAAGACGAUGCUCAACGAUCUCCUGCGGUUUGAUGUGAAGGACUGCUCCUGGUACAGAGCCUUUACCACAGGUACCCCACCAGCCCCCCAUUACCACCACUCAGCCGUCGUCUACGGGAGCAGCAUGUUCGUCUUUGGGGACUAUACUGGAGAUAUUUACUCUAAUUCUAACUUGAAGAAUAAGAAUGACCUCUUUGAAUACAAGUUUGCAACCGACCAGUGGACAGAGUGGAAAAUUGAAGGGAGGUUGCCAGUUGCCAGGUCAGCCCAUGGGGCCACGGUGUACAGUGACAAGCUCUGGAUCUUUGCUGGCUAUGAUGGCAAUGCCAGGUUGAACGACAUGUGGACAAUUGGCCUCCAAGACCGAGAGCUCACAUGCUGGGAGGAGGUGGCCCAGAGUGGGGAGAUUCCCCCGUCCUGCUGCAACUUCCCUGUGGCUGUGUGCCGGGAUAAGAUGUUCGUAUUCUCAGGGCAGAGCGGAGCCAAGAUCACCAACAACCUCUUCCAGUUCGAAUUCAAGGACAAGACGUGGACACGCAUCCCCACUGAGCACCUGCUCCGGGGCUCCCCACCCCCACCAUGGUGCUAUGGGCACACCAUGGUGGCCUUUGACCGUCAUCUCUAUGUGUUUGGGGGUGCAGCAGACAAGACACUGCCCAAUGAGCUGCACUGCUAUGAUGUGGACUACCAGACUUGGGAGGUUGUCCAGCCCAGCUCUGACAGUGAGGUUGGUGGGGCUGAGGUGCCUGAGCGAGCUUCCUCUUCUGAGGAGGCAUCAAUCCUAACCUCAGAGGAGCGGAGCAGCUUUAAGAAGUCCAGAGAUGUGUUUGGCUUAGACUUUGGCACCACCUCAGCCAAGCAGCCUGUCCACCUGGCAUCAGAGCUGCCCAGUGGGAGGCUCUUACAUGCAGCUGCUGUCAUCUCUGACGCCAUGUACAUCUUUGGGGGCACUGUGGACAACAACAUUCGCAGCGGGGAGAUGUACAGGUUCCAGUUCUCUUGCUACCCCAAGUGCACACUGCAUGAAGACUACGGGCGCCUGUGGGAGGGCCGCCAGUUCUGCAAUGUGGAGUUUGUGCUGGGCGAGAAGGAAGAGUGUGUACAAGGCCACGUUGCCAUCGUCACUGCAAGGAGCCGCUGGCUGCGCAGGAAGAUCUUGCAGGCUCGAGAGUGGCUGGCCCAGAAGCUGGAGGAGGAUGGGGCCCUCGCACCCAGGGAGGUCCCUGGUGCAGCUGUGGGCAGGGCGCGGCCACCCCUGUUACGUGUGGCCAUUCGUGAGGCCGAGGCCCGGCCAUUCAAGGUGCUCAUGCAGUUUCUCUCCACAGACAAGAUCAAGUACCCACGGAAAGGCCAUGUCGAGGACGUGCUGCUCAUCAUGGAUGUGUACAAGUUGGCGCUGAGCUUCCAGCUGUGCCGUCUUGAACAGCUGUGUCGGCAGUACAUCGAAGCGUCCGUGGAUCUCCAGAACGUGCUGAUUGUGUGUGAGAGUGCCGCCAGGCUACAGCUGGGCCAGCUUAAGGAGCACUGCCUGAACUUCAUAGUGAGGGAGUCCCACUUCAACCAGGUGAUCAUGAUGAAGGAGUUCGAGCGUCUCUCAUCCCCACUGAUCGUAGAGAUUGUGCGGCGGAAGCAGCAGCCGCCCCCUCAAGCACCCUCGGAUCAACCCGUGGACAUUGGCACAUCUUUGAUCCAGGACAUGAAGGCAUACCUGGAGGGGGCAGGCUCGGAGUUCUGUGACAUCACACUGCUACUGGACGGCCCACGACCGGCCCACAAAGCCAUCCUCGCUGCCCGUUCUAGCUACUUUGAGGCCAUGUUCCGUUCAUUCAUGCCGGAGGAUGGGCAGGUGAACAUCUCUAUCGGGGAGAUGGUGCCCAGCAGACAGGCCUUUGAGUCCAUGCUACGUUACAUCUACUAUGGAGAGGUCAACAUGCCCCCUGAGGUCCUUUACCUAUUUGCGGCCCCCUACUACUAUGACUUCUACAACAACAGACUGCAGGCAUACUGCAAGCAGAACCUGGAGAUGAACGUGACCGUGCAGAACCUGCUACAGAUUCUGGAGGCGGCUGACAAGACGCAGGCACUGGACAUGAAGCGGCACUGCUUGCACAUCAUUGUGCACCAAUUCACCAAGGUCUCUAAGCUGCCCACACUGCGGUUGCUAAGCCAGCAGCUGCUGCUGGACAUCAUAGACUCCCUGGCCUCCCACAUCUCUGACAAGCAGUGUGCAGAGCUGGGUGCCGACAUCUGAGGAUCUUGGAAGACUCUGUUUGGAGAGUGAUGACACUCGACUGAUUGGCCACAUCUCCACCGACAGUGACCACACCUGUGGUUCCCAGCGCCCACAGGGCACUGAGGUGACAGGAACUCAUUGAGGACACAGGCCCCACAGAGAUGGCAAGUGAAGCAGACUCCCUCCCCAGCUGACCCCUCCCCCAAGGAGACCAAGGCUCAGGGACGCCACUCAGCGGUAGAAAGAUGAUGUGUGCUGUGGAUCCAGACAUAGAAUCCUACUGUUAGGGGUGAGGGCUUGGCAAGCUACUCUAACUAACAA